AAAAUGGGCGUGGUCUGCGGGGAAUGGGCGUGGCCUCGGGCGAAAGUGGCUGGGUUACACUGUAGCGGCGCAUCCGCCUUCCGGGUCCGGACCAGCGGAACGGAACCGAAAGGGACCGGGACGAGCCAUGGGGCAGAUCGAAUGGGCUAUGUGGGCGAACGAGCAGGCGCUGGCGGCCGGGCUCAUCAUGCUGACGGGCGGGAUCGUGGCCGUGGCGGGGCAGUUCAAGGGCUGGUACUUCGCGGCGUACGCCAUCGCAGCAGGUGUUUUGGUCUGCCUGCUCGAGUACCCCCGGAGCAAGCGGAAAAAGGGCUCGACCAUGGAGAGGUGCGGCCAGAAGUACCUGACGGCAGUGGUGAAGGUGUUUGGGCCCCUCACGAGGAAUUACUACAUCCGCGCCAUCCUGCAUGCUGCCCUGGCUGUCCCUGCUGGUUUCCUCCUCUCUACCAUCCUGGGCACCGUCUGCUUGGGCAUCGCCAGCGGCAUCUACCUGCUGGCAGCGGUGCGUGGGGAGGAGUGGAGACCCAUCGAGCAGAAGACCCAGGAACGGCCACAUGUUGGGGACACCAUCAAGCAGCCCCCCAGCAACCCCCCGCCCCGGCCCCCUGCUGAUGCCCGCAAGAAGCAGCCGGCAGAGGUGGGGGGGCAGGUGAACCCCAUCCCCGUCGAGGCUGAGUAACAUGGGGCCCCUCCUGCUCCUGCCAUGCCGCUCGUGCUCCUGCUUCUCAGCUGCAUCCUGGUUCACUGGGAGGAAACUGGGGUGCCUGGAUCCUGGGGAUCCCCAAAUCCCCAGGGGUGCUCAGCUCCUUGCUGGAUCUCCAGUUCCUGGAGAUCCCCAAAAUCCUGGGGAUGCACAGAUCCCUGAGAGGUUCCCAGCUCCCUGAGGGAUCUCCAAAUCCUGGAGAUCCCCAAAUCCCCAGAGAUGCUUGGAUCCCCGAGGAAUCCCCAGUUCCAAGGAGCUCCCCAGCUUCUGUUGGAUCGCCAAGGAUGCCCCCAUCUCUGGGGAUCCCCAAAUCCCUGAGGAUGCUCAGCUUCCCAGUUCCCAAGGGAUCCCCAGCUCCUGGGGCUGCUCAGCUCCCUGGGGAUUCCCCAGCUCUCCCAGCAGCACCAAGUCCCCUGGGGGAUCCCCAAAUCCCUUGGGAACCCCAGUUCUCCAGGGAAUUCCCAGCUUCCCAAGAAGUCCCCAGACCCUGCAGCCCCUUGGGGAUGGGGGGCGGAUCAGGCAGCUCUGCUCCCUGCACUGGCUCUCGCUGUUUCUUGUCACUUCUGUGGUUGCUGUUGCAAUAAAAGGUGGGAAAACUUCCA